AUGAAAUUUGGAAAGGAUUUGAUAACAGGAAUAGAGAGGUACUUCACGUCUUGGAAGAGCCCUGAUGAUCCUUCUACAAGUUUGUAUAAAUUCUGGGUAGACACAAAUGGAUAUCCACAAAUUUUUCUGGGAGAAGGUCAAGGUGAAACCUUGAGGCUUGGACCAUGGAACGGUGUUAGCUUUCAAGGCAUUCCUGAGGAAAGCAUGAAUGCAAUUUACUCCACAGAAUUUGUUGUGAAUCAGAAAGAAAUAUAUUAUAUCCAUAAACUUAAGAGUACAACUGUUCAGAGGCUUCUUUUGGCGUGGGACGGCAUGGCACAACGGUUGUAG